AUGGAGGUUCUUAUCACACACGGUGAUGCUGAUAUGGUAUCCAUGGGCCUUCGACAUGGAAAGCCGAUGGUCACGUUCCCAGUCAUCCGAGAUCAACCGUUUUGGGCCAAUGCUGUCUCCGAAGUAAGCGCAGGGCCGCUUCCUAUUCACGAAAAAGAUCUUUUCAGCGAGACGAUUACCCCGGCGAUUCGCCACUGUAUGCAACCCGAAACUCAGCAAGUAUGCAAUCACAUUAAAUAG